AUGGAGUCUAUAGUUUAUGAAGAUUCACCUUUGGCCGACUACCUCCAAGGAGAAGGAGAACACGAAGAAAACUGGCCUGUCGACGAGGCACACAGCGACAAUGACGCCGAUAUCCCUCCCUCGAACUUUGCCCCUCGAGGUGCUUCACGAUUUCAAGAGCGGGUCCGAAAUAAACUGCCAAAACCUCUCGAUUUAAGUGACACGCGCCACGGGGCCGUCGUGGGGACGAUAUACAACGCAUGCUCGGUACGACCGCAACUAGGCCCCUUCAUAGCCACCGGAACACUACUGAUAAUUCACUUACUAUUGCAGUCUGCCUUAAAUGCACGAAUUGGACGCGGAGACAACGAGCGAUUUCUCGAACAGUUCGGAUAUGUGAUCGUCGCCUCGCAAUUGUUAAAUGAACACAGCGCCCCCUCCUACACCUCGGCCGCGGACGUUGUAUCAGCAUCACAGCCCGCCGAGCUUCCCUCCUUAUCGACUACAUUUGGACUACAUGGUGCCCUCGUCACCGCGGCUACAUCAUUCUCUAUCGCCUGGUUACUUCAUUGGAGUCGCUCGAGAACGGGGUCUGGCUUCAAUUCCAAGAGGGUCGGUAUUCUAUUGGUUCUGCUUCCGGUUCUGGGCGUUGUAUUCUAUGCGUUUGCCAAAAGACAAUGGCUUAAGUAUCUCCGGCACCAGGCUGUGGAAGCUGCAGGUACAUUUAUAGGCAAUGCUCAAGGUUUCGACUCCGCUGCUUCCGCCUCGGUGGUUUUCAUACAGGAGGUAGAACUUGUUUCAAGAGGCUAUCGCAUUACGCCUUUACCCCCGAUCAGUCGAUUGGAAGAUCAAGUACAAACUCGUCGUUGCCUACGGCUCCGUAGAGCAGUAUCUGAAUGCUUUUUAUCGAUGCUGAAGCGAUAUAUCUCCUCGCAAAAUACGCUUCGCCCACUCACCGAUGACAUCAACUUGGCGAAAUAUUACGACAUAUAUGAUAUAGCAUUGGAAGAUGUUGAAAUCCUUGAGUCGACAUUAUUACAGCAGCAUUUGGAUGAUCAGUAUUCCCUACGCUCAUUACGAGAUUUGUUUGGAAAACUGUACAUUGCAAGAAAAAGUGUACUGUGCUGUUUAUUGGCUCUCAGUGCUGAUGGCGGCGGCUCUGACAUUGCACGAUGGAGUUCUGCAGUAGAGGAGAUGCGAGAGCUUGCUGCUGUCACAGGAACAAGUAUGACUAAGAUGGCCAAUAUCCUCAACGAGGAAGACAGGGAAGCACCCAUUCCUCCAUCCCCUCUGCCGUCCGCAUCUCCAAGCAAGGAUCACCUUCGUGCGCAGGUCCGGAGGUUGAACUCUUUAUCUCAGGGAGUGCGUGCCUUGCAUGCCAAAAUGCACAUAAUCGGCGAGGAGACCAACGCCAAUCUCGACAAACCUAAUAUCACUGAUUUCGAGGCUACCCUUCUGUCCCAAUACGACUCAAUUGGUAAUGACAUUCGGUCGCUCCUUGAAGAUUGGGAAAUGGGUAAAGCUGCAAUUGCAAACAGCCAACACCGCCUUACUGCUACAGAUAAUUCUCGACCUCCAAGUACCUUCCUCCCCAUGUCUCCCACCCCUAGUUUGGGCGGCACUACGGCGGUCGAAGGCAGUCCCACCGAUGCUCUGAAGGCCUUGAAUGGCGAGGGUCGACCCGAUCUCACUCACAGCUUUGACGACGAAGAAAUCUUCGAGGCAGUCGUUCUUCCGGCUGCCAGGAAUAAAAGAGCCUCGCUAACUCGAGACGAGCGUUUGGCACGUGUUCGAGAAGACCGUGCCCGGCAGGCUGUCGCCAGAGAGAAGGUGGACGCUAACACUAACAUGCUCAAGGAAUUGGAAAUGGUCAUUCAACAAAGACCGCGCAAUGCGCAAUCCAAGCGAGUGACCAGCAUCUAA